AUUCCUGCAUCCGGGUCAUAUUUGUUCUGCAUGUCGCUAUCCGGUCCAGUCUGCAACCGUUUUCUCUUUUUAAUCUUAUUUAAUCUCUUAUAAAAAUGUCUCGGGGAUCCAGCGCGGGUUUUGACCGUCACAUCACUAUCUUCUCUCCAGAGGGAAGACUUUAUCAAGUAGAAUAUGCAUUCAAGGCCAUAAACCAGGGUGGUUUGACAUCAGUUGCUGUUCGGGGAAAAGAUUGUGCAGUAGUUGUCACACAGAAGAAAGUCCCAGAUAAACUACUGGAUUCUUCUACUGUCACUCAUUUAUUCAGAAUCACUGAGAACAUCGGAUGUGUGAUGUCAGGAAUGACAGCUGACAGCAGGUCUCAAGUGCAGCGAGCUCGCUACGAGGCAGCGAACUGGAAGUACAAGUAUGGUUAUGAGAUCCCAGUAGACAUGCUUUGUAAAAGGAUUGCUGACAUCUCUCAGGUUUAUACACAGAAUGCAGAGAUGAGACCGCUCGGCUGCUGCAUGAUUGUAAUUGGUCUGGAUGAGGAGCUGGGGCCACAAGUAUAUAAAUGUGACCCAGCAGGUUAUUACUGUGGGUUUAAAGCCACAUCAGCAGGUGUGAAGCAGACAGAGGCUACAAGCUUCCUGGAGAAAAAGGUGAAGAAGAAACUCGACUGGACCUUUGAGCAGACAGUUGAGACAGCUAUCACUUGCUUAUCAACUGUGCUGGCAAUUGAUUUCAAGCCAUCUGAGUUGGAGGUAGGCGUUAUCACGGCUGAGGAUCCGAAAUUCAGGAUUCUGUCAGAGUCAGAGGUGGACACUCACUUGGUCUCUUUGUCUGAGAGGGACUGAGAUCUCAGAGCCCUUGUUCUCAUGUAAAUUCCCCCUGUUCCAUUAAAGACAUUUUGAGAAAAA